AGACUGACUAUGUUAGGCAAAAGUUGAUUAUAUUGCGUAUAUUAUGGAUGUAGAUGACUGUUUGUCAAAAGUAGUUGGUUCAUUUGGAAGAUACCAGCUAGUUACAUACCUCUUCCUAUCUGUAUAUUUGUUGUCUCUUACUUCUCAUGUGCUUCUUGUCGUAUUUGUUGGUGGAAAACCUUCGGAUUAUUCUUUAGUUAAUCCACGUGUUACAGAAGAUUGUUCAAUACUAACAGAGUGGGGCUUAGAAGAUAAACAAUGGAUAAGCGAUCUCAUUCAAUCUCUGUUCUUCUCGGGAAAUCUUAUUGGUGUUGUCCUUUUUGGGCAAUUAUCAGAUAAAUUUGGAAGAAGAAAGACUUUACUAACAGGUUUCCACCUUUUGUUUUUCUCAUGUCUGGCAACAGCUUAUGCUGAAAGUUGGCAAAGUUUUGCAGUUGCUCGAUUUUUCACUGGUGGUCUUCAGGGUGGAGCUUCAUUGGUGUUGUUCGUUUAUAUGCAAGAAAUAGUUGGAAAGUCUUGGUGGGCUAUCACUGGAUCAUACAGUAAUACUUUGUUCGCACUCGGAAUUGGACUUUUAUCUCUUGUUGCUUUCUACAUUCCAUCGUGGAGAGACCUCACUUUAACCAUGACAAUAGUACAGCUUAUACCUCUGUUAUAUUUAUGGACUAUUCCAGAGUCUCCACGUUGGUUAUAUUCUCAAGGUAGAAUCAGAGAAGCUGAAGAUGUUUUGGUUUUCAUUGGUAAUAAGAAUGGGUACAGUAAUCCAGUUGUUCACCUUCAGAAGAGUGCGGUUACAAAGAUUAAAACUCAAACAUAUUCUGCCCUAGAUUUACUGAGAAACAAAACUACAGCAAAACUUACUUUGAUUAUGCUGUAUGUUUGGUUUGUGAACUCAUUUGUUUACUAUGCAUUGACUAUAGCUGCUGGUAGUAUCGGUACAAACAUUUAUAUCAGUACAAGCUUGUCCGGUGCCAUUGAGAUUCCAUCUACUUUCAUAUGUACUCUUAUGAUGGAAAGACGAAUGUUUGGUAGAAGAAGAACUUUUGUUGGUUUUAUGUUGCUUAGUGCACUUGCUUGUUUUGGAAUAAUGCAAAUAUCAGAUAAACAAUCAACUUUAUUACUUGGUUUGCUUGGAAAGAUGGCAAUAGCAGCAAGUUUCAACACUUUGUAUGUUUUUACUCCUGAAGUUUUUCCAACUAUCGUACGAAACGUGGCGCUAGGUACUUCAUCUAUGACAGCUAGAUUCGGAAGCAUACUUGCGUCUCUCACAAAAUCUUUGAUUGACGUUAAUCCAUUUCUUGGAUACUUAAUGUUUGGUGUUGCAAGUUUAACCGGAGGUUUAUUAGCAAUUAAACUGCCGGAAACACUUGGAAGAAAACCUCCGAAUACAUUUGAAGAUUUAAAUAAACCGGAAGCAGAAGCAACACGAAUGUACAGACCGCUUAGUAUGGAAAAUCAGGUAGUUUUUUAAAGGAUUAAGUUCCAUGAAGCCUCAAGCAAGGUCUCGUUUUAUACUUCUAUCACUUGCAGUAAUGUUACCUAUGUCAAAAAGCUCUAUGCUCUAUCAAACUUGCCAUUCAGAGGUGCCAUAUCUUGACCUGCUGCUCUAUAUGCAAACUUGCCAUUCAGAAGGUGCCAUAUCUUGACCUACUGCAGUUCUUUCUAAUCGGAAUAAAAUUUAAACUGAAUCGA